AUGCCACGAAGAAGGAAGCCCCCGAGGUCCGGCGCCAUCGCCGAGCUUCCUCCCCUGCGCAUCGCAGGCCAGAUCGCCGCCCUGCAGGGCAUCUACUAUGCCACCGCCCUCGUCCUCAUGCUGUUCAUGUCCCUCGUCGCAGGAACCGGCUUCAAUCUCGACCUGGUCUUUGGGUGGGGUGCGCUGCGUGGUGACACGACCAUGGGAUGGCUGGUCGGUGUCGUGGCUCUUGUCGCGCUGAUCGCCCGCUCGAAACUCAUCCCCGACUUCGCACUAACCCUGCAUUUCGUGCACCUCGUUGUGGUGUACUUCUACACCGGCCUCCUCCCGCGCUAUGGUAUGUGGUGGAUGACCAUGCUCGUGUCAUGCGCUGGAACCGUGGCCCUGGGCAUCUGGGGCUGCCGGUGGCGGGAGCUGCAACCCAUCAUGUUCGGCGGUGCCGGCAGGUCGACAAAUGAACAGGGCGCCGCCGAGAACGGCCACGCUGCUGGUGGCGAGGUUACGGGAGACGAGGAGAUGGGCUUCUCCCGGGGCAGAGGCAGGGGCAGAGGUCGGGACGGUGCCGGCGAGUACGAGAUGGUGGGGUUGAAACCUGAAGAAAGGUAG